UGGAAAGUGUUCUGUAAAUUCGCGGACAAAAUGUGAGCUAUUAUUAAGCUGCUUGCCCAAGGCCACGCGUAAUUAGUACCUAAAUCUCAUCCAUCGAACGUGCACUCGGGUCUAGUUCUCGCUCCAUUUUGUCCCUAAGCACUUUUCAGUCUCUCAUAGGAGCUAGCCAAUAAGCAGCGAGUUCGUUCUCGUUCUCCCUCUUCUCCGUCCUCUCCCGCUAGCUAGUUCGCUCGGUCUCCUGGACCCGCUAGCUCUCUGUGGGUGUCCAUCUCUGUGCCCCAACCCCCUUGCCGAGCCAAUGGAGUAAAAGACAUCCUCCUGCCAAUAAGUGAGCGUUAGAGACUGAAAGGUCCGCCCCCUCCUUGUAAUAAACACAACCAAAGGAAAGGUUCCUUCUCAGCCACAUAAAUGGUGUGAAAGGAAACAGAUUCAGAGGGUAGUUUCAAGAUCCAUCAGAGCCAAUGGAACGCCAACUCUGGAGACUGAGGUGUCGAAAGACUGAGCCAAUGAAAUGAAAGAGCCCGCCAACAGGCAAGGAGAGCAGCCAAUGGAAGGAAAAGUCUACUUCGCUUCCGGGGACUGGAGUCUGGGGCGCUCUGAGAGACCGAGGUUCCUGAGCUGCUAUGGCGGCGGCGAUCGUGGCCGCUACCCUUCGUGUGACGCGACGUGUGACGAGGACUACCGGUUACCUGCAGGUCCGAGGAGCUUCAAGGGUACCUGAAGGGGAUGAAGUGUCUAAAGCCCAGGAAGCAGUCUCUGGAAAAGUAGCCCCAACCAUCUUCUCCAGGAUCAUUGACCGAAGCAUCCCUGCUGACAUCCUUUAUGAGGACCAACAGUGUCUUGUCUUUCGAGAUGUGGCUCCGCAGGCCCCAGUGCAUCUUCUAGUCAUUCCCAAGAAGCCAAUUCCCCGGAUCAGCCAGGCUGAAGAACAGGAUAAACAGCUCCUGGGUCACCUACUACUUGUGGCUACACAGACAGCAAAGGCUGAAGGUCUAGGAGAUGGAUACCGGUUAGUGAUCAACGAUGGAAAGCUGGGAGCCCAAUCUGUGUAUCACCUGCAUCUGCACAUACUCGGGGGCCGACAACUUGGGUGGCCACCAGGCUGACCCUGAACAGGGCGUAUGUGAUUGUUAAUAAACUUGUUGAACCCUGA